CGCGUCUGCCGGGCUGUAGAGGCUGCUCUCCCAUUGGCAGUCAGAAGGAAGUAGGAGGAUACUAGCCAGGCCUCGGUUUGGAGGUGGUCAGCUGGAACGCAAACCCGGAAGUACUGUACAGUAGUUUCAUGCUUAGGAGGACCCGAAGAUGGUAGCCUAGUCCUGUUCAGAGAAUUGAUGUCUGACUGUUAGGAAAAGGUGAGAGCCAGGAUAAGAUUAGACUGUGACAUGGAAAGAGACAGAAGCAGUGACGGCUGGGACUGGAACAGCCAUGAAACCCGUAGAUGUCUUGAAGACCUAUUCUUUGGUGUGCAUGGUUACAUCAAAGCUGACUCAGAAGAGAGCAAAGAGUUUUGGGUAUUUUUUGAACGCUUCCAAAGGUUUCAAAGCCUUCAAAGGCAAAACUGUAAAAGAAAUGAGAGAGACUGUCGAGAGGAGCAUAAACUUUGGUUUAAUGACCUCCCCAAAGAAUAUGACCCAAGAUAUCGUAUCAAUAUGUCGAUUGUUAUGAGCAGAGAUGUUGAAAAAGCUCUCCAUGGACACAAAGAGAAGCGACAAAACUCCAGAAGACGUGGCGAUAUACCCAAGGAAAAAUUAGCUGAAUUUAAGAAAGCUGUCCUUCACUACUUGGACUUCAACCAGAGGCAGAGUUUUGGGAAGUUGGUCAAGCUCCGCAAGGAACGGUCAAGCUUGCCCAUCUUUCAGUACAAGGAAAAAAUUGUUCAGAUGGUGAGGGAUCAUCAAGUGGUGGUGGUGGCAGGAGACACUGGAUGUGGGAAGUCCACUCAGGUUCCUCAGUACCUUUUGGCAGCAGGAUUUGGACAUAUCGCCUGUACCCAGCCUCGUAGAAUUGCCUGUAUUUCACUAGCAAAGCGAGUGGGGUUUGAGAGUCUUAAUCAGUAUGGAUCAAAGGUUGGGUACCAAAUCCGUUUUGAGAGCAGUCGCUCCCCAGCCACAAAGAUUGUGUUUCUCACAGAAGGCCUGUUACUUCGUCAGAUCCAAAGAGACCCAGAGGUUCCUCAGUACCAGGUUCUUAUAAUAGAUGAAGUUCACGAGAGACAUCUUCACAGUGACUUCCUGCUGGGAGUUUUACUCCAGCUGCUUCCUAUGCGUCCAGAUCUGAAGGUCAUUCUCAUGUCAGCCACAAUAAACAUCAAACUGUUCUCUGGAUACUUUGACCAGGCUCCGGUCCUGCAAGUUCCUGGAAGACUCUUUCCUAUACAGGUGAUCUAUCAGCCAAUCCCACAGGAGGAAACUGUGUCGAAGUCAGAGAAGCUAGAUCCGAGGCCUUAUCUCCGUGUGCUACAAGCCAUUGAUCACAAAUAUCCAGUAGAUGAGCGAGGAGAUUUGCUUAUAUUUCUUAGCGGGGUGACUGAGAUCAGCAGUGUGCAGGAAGCUGUACAAGUCUAUGCCACUCACACCCAGCGGUGGAUUGUGCUCAAACUACACAGCACGUUGUCCAUUGCAGAACAAGAUAAGGUAUUUGAUUUGGCUCCUCCAGGUGUCCGAAAAUGUAUAAUCUCUACCAACAUUGCAGAAACCUCUGUAACCAUUGAUGGUGUGAGAUUUGUGCUUGACUCAGGGAAAGUGAAGGAGAUGAGUUUUGACCCCAAAGCAAAGAUGCAGCGAUUGCAGGAGUUUUGGAUCAGCCGGGCCAGUGCCGAGCAGAGGAAAGGUCGCGCAGGCAGGACAGGCCCAGGGGUAUGUUACCGUCUGUACUCAGAGUCUGACUAUGAUGCUUUCUCACCAUACCCUGUGCCAGAAAUCCAGCGCGUGGCCUUGGAUGCACUAGUCUUGCAGAUGAAGAGUAUGAAUCUAAGAGAUCCCCGCACCUUCCCAUUUAUUGAGCAGCCUCCCAUGUCCAGCAUAGAGACGGCUAUUUUCUACCUGCGAGACCAAGGAGCAUUAGAUGUUAAUGAGGAGCUCACACCGAUUGGAAAUCUGCUGGCACAACUCCCAGUAGAUGUUGUUAUUGGAAAGAUGCUAAUCUUAGGAUCACUAUUCAGUCUUGUGGAACCGGUCAUGACUGUUGCUGCGGCCCUUAGUGUGCAGUCUCCUUUCCUCCGAAAUGCCAGCAACAACCCAGAGUGCACCACUGCGAGGAAACCUUUAGAGAGCGAGCACGGGGACCCCUUCACUCUGCUUAAUGUCUUUAAUGAGUGGGUGCAGAUUAAGUCAAGUCGCAGCAGUAACUCUAGGAAGUGGUGUCGUCGUCGGGGGUUAGAAGAACAACGGUUGUAUGAAAUGGCAAAUCUCCGGCGUCAGUUUAAGGAGCUACUGAAGGACCACAGGAUGCUGGAAGAGAAGGAGACACGAGUAGAUCGAUGCAGCCGCCAACGGCAGCACAAGGAGCGCAAGGAGCUUCAUCAGCUGAAGAGAGAACAUGAGCGCUCAGAGAAACGUAAAUGUAAGGUGCUCAAACUGCAGGAUCAGGAUGCAGGAUCUUCUAGCGAUGAGAAUGAAAGAUCCAACACAGACAGGAAAGAUAAUGUAGACAUCCAGGAUGUCAAAUUUAAACUCCGUCAUAAUGUGGACGAGCUGCGGAAAGUGUCUGGUGCAGGUGAGGCAUUAUCAAGCAAAGAGCUGUCCUUGCUGAAACUUGUUGUGUGCAAUGGUCUGUACCCACAAUUGGCACUGCCUGACAACUUUAACACCUGCCGCAAAGACUCCGACCAGGUUUUCCACACUAGGACAAAGCAGGGUAUCGUCCUUCACCCUACCUCUGUCUUCUCCUGUAAUCCUGAGCUUCUUCAGGUAGAAAGCAACAGAGAAGAGACUGCUCCAAAUGACUCCAAGACCAAGGGGCACAGCAGCAAGCACCAGAUUGUGGGGUUUGUCUCUCUCCUGGAGACAAACAAACCUUACCUAGUGAACUGCGUGAGAUUGCCAGCACUUCAGGGUCUUCUGCUCUUGGCCCGAUCCUUGGACACUAGCACCGACUGCUGCCGCAUUGUGUGCGACGGCUGGAUUGAGUUGAGCUUGGUGGAUCCUGAAGGAGCCCUGCAUCUGAUCUCGGAGGCAGUACGUGUGCGUCUGGCAUGGGAGAAAGUGCUGCGCUCCCGGCUGGAGAAGGAUUCGAACCGCCAAGACCUUGAUAAGGAUGACAGUCGGAGAUGGAGACGAGACAUUGAUAGUUUAGGCCGCCAUUUGGUGGAGUACGUGCGCUCAGAGGUAGUGUACAGUAUGAGGCGUCUUGCCGUUUUGGAGGCCCAGAACCUGUAUGUGGGCCCUCAGACCACCGCUGACAGUACCAGCUUGAAGGGGCUGUUCGGCAGUGAGGACAUGAAGCCAGAUCCUGUGAAAGGCGGAUACAAUGUGACCAGUUUCCUGACCUAUAACUGCCUGAGGACUGACACAGAUUUCUACAGUGACUGCUUGCGCACAUUCUGGACCUGUCCGUGCUGUGGCCUGUACAUGCCGUUCACCCCUAUGGAACGCAUGGCCCAUCAGAACAGCUGCGCAGCGGAGGAGAACUCUAAAGAAGAGGAAGAAGCUGAGUCCAAGACCUCCUCAGUGACCUCUCUCCACAAGGACUAUCACUGUGAUGUCUGUGACAAGGACCUGAUUCUCACCCCCAUUGAGAUCCUCAAACACAAGAGGCAGCACCUGAAUUCUCAGUAGAGCCUUAUUGUGGGAAAGACCACCUGCAUUUCCCACCACCCAGAUGACCUAUGGUUUCCUUCCCUAAUGUUAUCCUGUUACAUGACCUCCGAGCCAGCAUACCUACCAAAUCAGAAGCACCACAGCAUUGUACAGACAAACGCAAGUUAAGUAUAUAAGUGUGGGAGAAGGAGAGUAGAGUGACACAGUCACAUCUGCUGUCACUAUGAAGGUUCUCUGCUCCUUGGCGUUGCUGCCAUUCUUCUUUGCCCGGACUUCUGGCUGAAUGCCCCCCAGCUGCUAACCUUGUGAAUGAUGCGGGGCAAAGCUUUAUGCCCGUAUGUUUGAACACCGCAAUAUUUACUUUGACUUCUCCUGUGGGGGAGCAUUCCUAGAUGCCAAGAAUGGAGAUGACUUUCCC